GAUGCCCUCCCGCUUCUCCGACCCUUUCGAAUAACUCCUCCUUUAUAAUGUCCCACUCACUACCCCUAAAUCCCGACCCUCCCUCCUCUCCUCUCCUCACUCUUCGUAAAGCCGUAAAGCGAGAGUGAGAGAGCUCGAGAGGCGAGCGUUGCGGAGAACCCUAAAUCGCCUCUUCUUUCGCUUCGUGGGAGGAGGGUGACGCGCCUUCGCUUGGUCGAUCACUAAACUAAGCAUAAUCGGCAUGGCAAUGGAGAUAACCUCAAUACUAUUAGCUGCACAAUCACAAGAUGGUCAGAUCCGUACUGUUGCGGAAGGGAAUCUCAAGCAGUUCCAGGAGCAGAACCUACCCCAUUUCCUCCUUGCCUUAUCUAUCGAGCUAUCAAAUGAACAAAAGCCUCCUGAAUCUCGAAGGCUCGCCGGCAUCCUGCUUAAAAAUUCCUUGGAUGCGAAGGACUCAAUUAGGAAAGAAGAACUGGCCCAGAAAUGGAUCAGCGUGGACCUUACUAUUAAGUUCCAAGUUAAGGAAUCCUUAUUAAAGACACUUGGAUCAUCCGUAUCAGAAGCUCGGCGCACCUCUUCGCAAGUCAUAGCCAAAGUUGCUUCAAUCGAGAUCCCUCGUCGAGAAUGGCAGGACCUUAUUGCAAAGUUGUUAAACAACAUGACACAGAAAGAUUCACUGCCUUCUCUAAAAGAAGCAACGCUGGAAACCUUGGGAUAUGUGUGCGAGGAGAUAUCUCCUGAGGAUUUGGAGCAGGACCAAGUUAAUGCCAUCCUUACUGCUGUGGUUCAAGGCAUGAAUCAGAUGGAACACAGUUUUGAAGUCCGUCUCGCUGGUAUCAAAGCAUUGUAUAAUGCUCUUGAUUUUGCUCAGACCAACUUUCAGAAUGAGAUCGAGAGGAACUAUUUAAUGAAGGUGGUUUGUGAGACUGCCGUGUCCAAAGAGUCAAAUGUAAGACAGGCUGCCUUUGAGUGCCUCGUUUCUAUAGCCUCCACUUAUUAUGAACUGCUAGGGCCAUAUAUGGAAACCCUGUUUAACUUAACGGCGAGUGCUGUGAGGGGUGAUGAGGAGCCUGUCGCCCUUCAAGCCAUUGAAUUUUGGAGUACGAUAUGCGAUGAAGAGAUCACAAUACAAGAAGAACACGCAGGACCUGCUGACGGGAGUUCUUCUCAGCAUUAUCGGUUUAUCGAGAAGGCUCUUCCUUUGCUUGUACCUAUGCUGCUGGAGACACUGUUGAAGCAAGAGGAGGAUCAGGAUCAAGAUGAUAAUAUCUGGAACUUGUCUAUGGCCGGUGGCACCUGCCUCGGACUCGUCGCCAGGAAUGUCGGUGAUGCUGUUGUGCCUCUUGUCAUGCCUUUUGUGCAGGAUAAUAUAACAAAGGCAGACUGGCGGAACCGUGAGGCAGCCACUUUUGCAUUUGGGUCCAUCUUGGAAGGUCCUUCUGUAGAAACACUUCUUCCUUUGGUCCAUGCUGGACUAAAUUUCUUGCUUAAUGCAAUGAAAGAUCAGAAUACUCAUGUUAAGGACACUACAGCAUGGGCUCUCGGUAGGAUAUUUGAGAUCCUUCACUCUCCAUCCAGCACCUAUGCAGUGAUAACUAAUGCAAAUCUUCCUCAAAUCAUGUCUGUACUGUUGGAGAGUAUUAGAGACGUCCCUAAUGUGGCGGAGAAAGUGUGUGGGGCUAUUUAUUUCCUCGUGCAGGGCUAUGAAGAUGAUGGAUCGGCUUCAUCGGUGCUAACGCCAUAUCUCGCUGAUGCCAUCUCAGCUCUCCUCUCUACUGCUGACCGUAUGGACACUAACAACUCAAGACUUCGGGCUUCUGCUUAUGAAACUGUAAAUGAGAUAGUCAGAUGCAGCAGUCAACCUGAGAGCUUGAACAUGAUUGCCCACUUAAUGCACGAAAUAAUGAAGAGAUUGAGCCAAACCCUGGAGCUUCAGAUUAGUUCCUCUGAGGACAAGGAAAAUCAAAGUGAUCUGCAAGCGUUAUUGUGUGGUGUUCUUCAAGUUAUAAUACAGAAAUUAAGCAGCUCAGAUGCAAAAUCCGUAAUUCUUCAAUCUGCUGACCAAAUGAUGAUCUUAUUCCUCCGUGUUUUUGGGUGUCGCAGCUCUUCAGUGCACGAAGAAGCUAUGCUUGCUAUUGGGGCUCUUGCUUAUGCUACUGGCCCAGAAUUUGCCAAAUACAUGCCAGAAUUCUACAACUAUUUGGAAAUGGGCUUGCAAAAUUUUGAGGAGUACCAAGUCUGCUCUAUCUCUGUUGGUGUGGUGGGCGAUAUUUGCCGUGCUCUGGAUGAAAAGAUCCUCCCCUUCUGUAACGGUAUAAUGAGUGCCCUUCUUAAGGAUCUCUCCAAUUCCAUGCUUCAUCGUUCUGUAAAACCCCCUAUAUUCUCCUGCUUUGGCGAUAUUGCCCUUGCGAUUGGUGAACAGUUUGAGAAGUAUCUGCCUUACGCUGUUUCUAUGCUUCAAGGAGCGGCAGGUCUUUGUACUUAUCUAGAUGUUAAUGAUGAGGAUAUGGUGGAUUAUGGAAAUCAGCUUAGAAGAGGCAUUUUCGAGGCUUACUCUGGCAUUCUCCAAGGUUUUAAGAAUUCAAAAGCUGAGUUGUUGGUACCUUAUGCGAGCCAGCUUCUACAGUUCACAGAAGCAGUUUUCAAAGACAAGAACAGGGAUGAGGGAGUGACGAGAGCUGCAGUUGCCAUGUUGGGGGAUCUUGCGGACACACUCGGCCCAAACACAAAACUCUUGUUUAGGGAUUGUACUUUCCAUUCUGAUUUCUUGGGAGAAUGCUUCGAAUCUGACGAUGAACAACUGAAGGAGACUGCAACUUGGACUCAAGGAAUGAUUCGCCGAGUGCUGGUUUCUUGAGGUAUAGGCUUCUUUCCUUCUACUUUCUGCAGUUAAAGUGAAGAUCGUAUUUCCUGGUCUUUUGACAAUUUUGUGUGUUUUGAUAUAUCAAUACGAAUUGGAGGUUCGCAAGUGUCUUCACUAAUGUAUCGUAGGAUGUCUUGUCCUAAAUACAUUCCUGUUGUUCUUCUCAAUCCGUAGAGUCGCAGGUCUGCCAUCAGUUUAGGAAAGUGUUUGUGGUUCAUAAACUGCUCUAACCAAUGUAUUCAGUUGUCUCUAGUGAUUCGUCAUUCUCAGUAUCUCUGUUGCCGGAUCUACUUGCGAGUAAAAUAGAUAUUUCGUCAAAAGUAAAGAGUUCCUUGUAAGAUUGAUUGGAAUUCACGGAUUGUGUUCGGAGCACGGUUUGAAGAGUUGGCUUUGAUCACUGUUUGGAGUUGGUCUCUGUCAUUGUCGCUCAAACAGUUUGAAACAAAGUCGCAGAGCUGAGAAAUAUUAUACAUGCGGUCUUCUGUUCAGCUUGUUCACUUGGUCCUGCGGCGAUUUCAAAUUAAUAGAUUAUCCCUUUCGAGCACGUUGUGGUAUACAAUGCUUAUACGGGCUAUUUUCUUUUUUUCCCCUCUAGGAAACAUUUUAUAUUUUUAUAUUUUUAUGUUUAUAUCUUUUGAGCUUGGUGUUUAGAGGAGCCGUUUACAGAGAUUGAACGUUGGGAAUAACUAAACUAGAAACCGGAGAUUGACGUGGUCGGCAGCUGGAUCUGAUUGAUUGUUAAUUGCUUUUUCUAUAGAUUUUUUUUUUCUUUUUUCAUGUUUUGUUCGUCUUUUUCAUUACGGGUUUUUAGGUUCAGGAGCUUGAUUUGAUGCGUAGGUUUCGGGUACCGAUCUA